GAAAGAAGCAACAGGAACAAGAAGUUUGGGGCGAGCUUGGAGAAAGCGACCAAGAGUUUUUAAAACACGUCGAAAGCCAACGCACAAGUACAGAUGCGUGACAAGAAACAUCAACAUAUUUUUGCAACUAAAGACGAGUACUUACAAGAGCUGUUUUGAAAAACAACAGUUAGGUUUUUGCAUCGUAUUUGUGAAAAUUCUGUCCGUUUCAGUUGCUUUUGAGUUGCAUAGUUUAUUUGUGAAGGUUAUGCUGCAUUUUUCGAAUUUUUUAUUAACGUUUUUAAAGUAAACAGUACAUUUUCACGGGACUAAGAAAACACAUUGGAAGAUAACAGGUGAAAACAACGUGUGUUACAUGAAGGGAUAUUAAUCUGAGGAAGAGUGCUUGGAUAAUUAAAAAGGAUUACCAUUUUACAGAGGGCAAGGCUUUUUAAUAAUGGCUAAAGUUGGGACUCAAGAUGCAAGCCCUGAUGAGGCCCCCAACAGUGAAUUCAGCAACAUCAUCAAGUCCAGAUCAGAUGAACAUGAUGCAGUACAGAGGAAAACCUUUACGAAAUGGAUUAAUGCCCGCUUCACUAAGGCUGGGAAGCCCCCAAUCAAGGAUAUGUUUGCGGACCUCAGGGAUGGGCGAAAGCUUUUGGACCUUCUUGAAGGCCUCACAGGGAGUGUCUUGACCAAAGAACGUGGAUCUACACGGGUGCAUGCCCUAAAUAAUGUCAACAAAGUUCUUCAAGUUCUGCACCAGAAUAAUGUAGAGUUGGUAAACAUAGGAGGCACUGACAUUGUGGAUGGAAAUCAUAAACUGACCUUGGGCCUAAUCUGGAGCAUCAUUCUGCACUGGCAGGUGAAAGACAUCAUGAAGGCUAUCAUGUCACAUUUACGUCAGACAAACAGUGAGAAAAUUCUCUUGAGUUGGGUCCGACAAUCAACACGGCCAUACAACCAGGUGAACGUACUGAACUUCACAACCAGCUGGACUGAUGGGCUUGCUUUCAAUGCUAUCAUCCACAAGUUCAAGCCUGGUCUUUUCAGCUGGGAAAAGGUUCAGAAGCUGUCCCCAGUGGAGAGACUGGAGCAUGCUUUCAACCUGGCCAAACAGCACUUGGAAAUUGAAAGACUCCUGGAUCCUGAAGAUGUUGCUGUUCCACUGCCAGACAAAAAGUCUAUCAUCAUGUACGUGACAGCCUUCUUUGAGGUCCUCCCUAAAGAAGUCACUAUGGAUGACAUUCGUGAGGUAGAAACUCUGCCCAGAAGAUACAAAGUGGAGUGUGAGGAAAGCCAGUUCAACAGCCAGCAGAGCACAACCCCCGAGGAGGAGACGAGUAGCUCUCGUGCGGAGACCCCUAGCACAGUAACGGAGAUGGAGGUGGACCUGGACAGCUACCAGGCCACACUGGAGGAAGUGCUGACCUGGCUCCUCUCGGCUGGAGACACUCUGCAUAUGCAAGAUGAGAUCUCAAAUGAUGUGGAAGAUGUCAAGGAUCAGUUCCACACCCACGAGGAUUUUAUGAUGGAAUUGACUGCACACCAGAGCAGUGUAGGCAGUGUGCUGCAGGCUGGUAACCAGCUGAUUGCACAGGGCGACCUGACAGAAGAGGAGGAGGUUGAGAUCAGGGAACAGAUGACUCUCCUCAACUCCCGCUGGGAGAGCCUGCGUGUGGCCAGCAUGGACAGGCAAGCCAGACUACAUGAAGUUCUGAUGGAGUUGCAACAGCAGCAAUUACAACAGCUUUCUGAUUGGCUGACUGAGACAGAAGCACGAAUUCGCAAGAUUGAGUUGGAGCCCUUUGCUGAUCACGUGGAAGCCUAUAAAAAACAGAUGGAGCAACACAAGGUCCUACAGAGUGACCUAGAGAUGGAACAGGUGAAAGUAAACUCCUUGACUCACAUGUUGGUUGUUGUGGAUGAGAAUAGUGGAGAGGGAGCCACUGCUGCACUGGAGGAGCAACUGCAGGUACUGGGUGAGCGCUGGGCAGCAGUUUGCCGCUGGACAGAAGAGAGGUGGCACAGACUGCAAGACAUCCACUUAGUGUGGCAGCAAAUGAUAGAGGAUCAGUGCUUGUUCAAAGCAUGGCUUGUAGAGAAAGAAGAAGCUUUAAGUAAAGUCCAGACCCACAACUUCAAAGAUCCCAAUGAAAUUAAUGUUAAUGUUCGAAGAUUGGCGAUUUUGAAGGAAGACAUGGAGAUGAAGCGCAGGACGCUGGACCAGCUCAAUGAUGCAGGACAGGAUGUUGCACAGUUACUGAACAGCAAAAAGACUGCGGACGAAAUUGAUAGGGACAUGGAGGAACUGACACAGAGAUGGGACAAUUUGGUUCAAAAGCUGGAAGACUGUUCCAGUCAAGUGACGGAUUCGGUGACAGAGUCCGGGUUGUCUCAGAUGCAGGAGAAGGUCACAAUGAAAGAGAAAGUAACUGUAAAACAAUCAAAGCAAGAGCUGCCACCUCCUCCACCGCCCAAGAAACGACAGAUGCACGUCGAUAUGGAAGUCAAAAAACUGAUUGAAAUUGAAUUUGCUGGAAUUCUGAAUUGGAUUUUGAGAACAAAAGCUUCCAUUCAAGCCUUGGAGUUCAAAGACUAUAAGAAGAUGGGAGACACAUUUGGCAUAAAAGAAAAGAUUAAGUCUGUAGAUGCUGAACUGACAGACAAACAGGAGAAGAUGGAGGAGGUGACCAGGUCUGGGCAAAACCUGUUGGAACAAAUGGAAAAAGAAGGCCUGCCUGCUGAAGAAGUACAAACCACCUUGGAGAAAAUCUCCUCUGAAUGGAAGAACAGUGGCAGACAGCUGGAAGAGCUGAAAAAGAAGGUCCAGUACCAGGAUGCGAUCAGUGCUUUUUUCAAGGAGCUGCAGGAACUGGAGCAGGUUGUAAUGGAGAAGGAGGAGUGGCUGAAAGAAGUGCCCGCUCAGGCUUCUGAGCAGAGUCUUUUACACACACUGAAGGCAUCCUAUGAGACUGAACUGACCCAGCUGACUGGUCUGAAUCCUCGGGUAGAGAAGUUGGCAUCUGUGGCUGCAGCACUUAGUAGGGAGCCUUCAUCACCAAGCUUUGUCCAGACUGACCUCAGCGCCCUCACUGCACGCUUCAAGGCAGUGCUGCAGAAACUCCAGAGCAAGCAGCAGCAACUGCACACAGUCCUGGUCAGUCUCCCUUCCCAGGAACAUCAGGAUGCUAUAAAGAACAUAUCAACUGUGCUGGAUGAAGCAGAGAGCAAGCUUUGCUCAAUUCAUAGUGAGGUGGUGGAUCCAGAAACGGCUGAGAACGCAAUAACGAAUGCAAAGAUGCUUCAUGAAGAACUGGAGCAACAGCAGCCAAUGAUAGAGAAACUGGCAGCAGUCACAAAAAUACUCCAGGACCAGGACCAAGUGAAUAUAACCAAAGGCUAUCUUGCAGGUUUUGAGUCUGUUCAAGCACGAUGGAAUACAUUGGCUUCCAGGGCUAAGGAUGAGGUUUGCAUGCUGCAAGAUACUGCAGCAAAUUUGGUAGAGUUUGAGGAUAAAUCUGGACAAGUUCAGAAGUGGAUGGAUGGAGUGGAAAGCUUUCUGACCAAAGAGAAUGUUCCUUUGGGAGAUACAGAGAAACUUCGGGAGCAAUUGGAACAGUGCACGAUGUUUGUAAAUGAAAUGGAAGAUAUGGAAGUAGCUUUGAAAAGCAUGAAGGAUUGUGAAGCAGCACUGAAACAGCAGGCAUUCCCAGGUCUGGCAGGCUGGGGUCAGCCCAGACUAGCAAACUACCAGGCAAGAUGGGAGAAACUAGCUAAACAGAUUUUAAGCCACCGUGAUCGGGUAUCUGAGAACCAGGAGAAAGCAGAGAAUUUAAGGAAAGACUUGACGGAGAUGCAAGAAUGGAUGAACCAGGCGGAUGAGGAGUACUUGAUGAGGGACUUUGAAUACAAGACUCCAGAGGAGCUAGAGGGAGCUUUGGAAGAAAUGAAUAGGGCAAAAGAGGAUGUGUUACAGAAGGAGGUAAAAGUGAAGAUUAUGAAGGAUAGUAUCCACAUGCUGGUGGCAAAGUCACCCCCUGGUGGCCAGGAUUUGACAUUGAAUCUUGCUGUUGUGUUAAAGAAUUACCAGAAGCUUUGCGAUCGAUUUCGGAGCAAAUGUCACACUCUGGAGGAGGUUUGGUCUUGCUGGAUUGAGUUGAUGCAGUAUUUGGAUAUGGAGACAAAUUGGUUAAACAAUCUGGAGGAGCAGAUCCAGAACACAGAGAACCUGCUAGACAGCACUGAGGCUGUUAGUGAAGCACUAGAGUCUCUGGAGUCUGUUCUGCGCCACCCUGCAGACAACCGGACGCAGAUCCGGGAGCUUGGACAUACACUGAUAGAUGGAGGAAUUCUGGAUGACAUCAUCAGUGAAAAGCUGGAGGCCUUUAAUGCACGUUAUGAAGAGCUCAGUCACCAGGCUGUGAGCAGGCAGAUCUCUUUGGAACAGCACUUGCAGUGUCUUCGGGAGAAUGACCAGCUUCUGCAGGCCCUUCAAGAGUCACUGACACAGUUGGACCAGGAGCUGACCUCCUACCUGACUGACAGGAUCGAUGCCUUCCAACUUCCAGAGGAGGCACAGACCAUUCAAGCCGAGAUUGCUGCCCAUGAAGUCAGUUUGGAGGAGCUGCGACGAAGGAAUGCAGGCAAUUUCCCCCUUGUCACCCCAGAGGGCAAGUCUCCUCGUGGGGGUACCUUACUGGACGUACUCCAGAGGAAGCAUCGGGAGAUAGCCACUAAAUACCAGCUCUUCCAGAAACCUGCCAACUUUGAGCAGCGGAUGCUGGAUUGUAAGCGUGUACUGGAUAGUGCCAAGGCUGAACUGCAGGUGUUGGAUGCGAGAAGCGUUGAGCCAGAUGACAUAAAAGCUCACUUGGAUGGCUGCAUGAAACUCUACAAGACCUUGAGUGAGGUGAAAUUGGAGGUGGAGACUGUAAUUAAAACAGGAAGGCAGAUUGUACAGAAACAACAGACUGACAACCCCAAGGGAAUGGAUGAACAGCUAACUGCUUUAAAAUUCCUUUACAACGAUCUUGGAGCUCAGGUGACUGAAGGGAAGCAGGACCUGGAGAAAGCCCUGCAACUCUCUCAGAAACUGCAGGAGGAGACGACAUCCCUGCAACAGUGGCUCGCUGCAACAGAGAGUAUACUUCACCAGAAGAGCACUUCAGAAAACAUGCCAGCUGAUGUUGACGCAGAGGUUGUCUGGGCAAAAGGCGUGCUAAAAGAGCUGGAGAGGAGAAAGGCUGACCUGAGCAGCAUCACAGAGUGCAGUGCAGCCCUGCAAGGCCUAGUGGAGGGCAGCGAGGCUGGGCUAGAGGAGAAGCUCUGUGUGCUCAAUGCGGGCUGGGGACGAGUGCUCACCUGGACUGAGGACUGGCUCAGCCCUGUGCUGAAACACCAGAAUGAGAUGGAGAUCUUCGAUGAGAAUUUGGCCCACAUCAGCACUUGGCUCUACCAGACAGAAAUUUGCUUAGAUGAGACAGAGAAACAGUCCCCAAGCCAGAAGGGGGAGGUCGUCAAGAACCUGCUCUCUGAACUGGAUGAUGUUAGUUUACGGGUGGACAGUGUGCGGGAUCAAGCAAUUAUUCUGAUGACCAGCAGGGGGUCAGCUAGCCGUGAAGUUGUGGAACCCAAACUGGCAGAACUAAACCGCAACUUUGAGAAGGUUUCCCACCAUAUUAAAGCUGCCAAGAUGUCCCUGGGUACAGAGCCCCUGACCUAUGAAGUCAGUGUCCGGCAGAAGAUGGAGAAGGACCCCUCUGGUGACUUGCACCUGUUUGACAAGGACCUGCAGAACCUGCUCAAGAACCUGGACAAGCAGCUUGAAUCCCUUGAGCAGCUUCCUCAAGAUGAUGAAAAGGUGGAUGAAGAAAAGGCUGUGAUAGAAGAGGUGCUGCAGAGAGGAGAGCAGAUGUUACAGCAAACCUCGGGUGACGGCAAGAGAGAAGAAAUACGCAAGAAGCUGUUGAUACUGCAGACCAAGUACAGUACUCUGAGGGAGCUGAAGUUAAUACAGAAGAAGCAGGCUGUUGAACUAACUCCAGGAUUUUCUCAGUUUAAACAAGAAAAGGACAGUCUGCUCAACUGGAUGGAUGAGACAGAGAACCGGUUGUCUGGACUGCAUGGAAUUGAAGAUGAUCAGAAGUUACAGGAGUUGCUGCAGGAGCUAGAGUUAAGAAAAGAAGAAUUUAGUGCCCUCCAGAAGAAGGGACAGAACUUAUCCCAGUAUGAAAAUGUAGAAGUGAACAGCGAGCAAGUUGAUAGGCGCUGGCAGGAGAUUGAGAGGCAAUUCUUAUUGUUUCAACAAACACACUUCAAGAGCUCUCAGCAAGUACCUGUGCAUUACGAGGCUGUGGGUGGGCCAUCCCUCUUGCCUUCUGACUACCUUCUUGAAGUUAACAAAGUCCUAUUGACAAUGGCAGACAUUGAGCUGUUGCUGAAUUCGCCGGAGCUCAGCAGUGGGAUGUACAAGGACUUUUCCAGUCAAGAGGAUGCAUUAAAGUAUAUAAAGAACAUGCUUGAGAAACUAGGAGAGCAAGUAGCUGUCAUUCAUGAGAAACAGCCUGAUGUGAUCCUGGAGGCGUCAAGGCGUGAGGUUGUGCAAAUAGGGGACGGGCUGACCCAGCUCAAUUCAGAAUGGGACGCAGUUAAUAGAAUGUACAAUGACCGAAAGGGAUGCUUUGACAAGUCUGUAGAGGAGUGGCGACAGUUCCAUUGUCAUCUGAAUGACAUCACCCAGUGGGUGACUGAGGCCGAGCAGUUGCUAGCAGAUGGUAUUGGUCCUGAUGGUGUCCUGGACCUUGACAAGGCGAAGAUGCAACAGCAGGACCUUGAGGAGGGCCUGACUAGCCACCAGACCAUCUAUUCAACUUUAAACAAGACAGGAGAGGGAAUCAUUGGGCAGCUUUCUGUCCCAGACAGCAGCCUCUUGCAGGAGAAAAUGAGUGGACUGAAUAAGAGGUGGAAAGCAAUCUCCAGGGAGGUCAGAGAGCGGCAGAACCGACUUAAAGGGGAAGACCACCAACUCACAGAUUUCCUGAAAAGGAUGGAUGAACUGCGUCUCUGGUUAGAAGAGGCAGAGUGCACUGUGGAAGAUUUACCAGUGACUGCUACAGACAGAAACUUGAAAGAAUUAAAGGCACUGGCAAAUGAGAUGAAUUCUAAGAAUGAAAAACUGAACUGGCUUAAUCAAAAUGGACCUCAGAUACUAUCAAGCAGAAGCAUGAGCCUGCAAGAAAGAGAUAAACACAUUACCAAGUUGAGAGCUGUAAAUAUGAACUGGAGCAAGGUAUCCAGGGAGCUUUUGGACACAGUUGGGGAGGUUGAGGUUAACCUCCAAAGCCAGUUCCAGGACAAAAUGAACCAGCUCGCUGAUUGGGUGAGUGUGAAGCGGCAGAGAGUGAGUGGAGGAGGACCCAGUCAGAUGUCUGCUUCAGAGCUUCAGCAAACAUUAUGGAUUUUCCAGAUGUUGGAGACCACAAUGAAGGAACGCAAAACAGAAAUGGAAGAUCUUCUUGCCAGAUCUAUUGAUCUUCAGAAAAGGCAGCAGUUACUUCCUCAAGAAAAGAGUAAAGUAGAGGAGCUGGCUGCCGAUUGGAAGGCACUUGACUUAAUUGUGAAGGAGGUUGUUCAGCAGCCUGUCAGCUGUACUCAGCAGGUCACACAGCAAAGGGUCACAGUACCCUCUGCAGUCCAGAUGGCCAGCCUCGUGACCUCAGAAGCUACCCAUCAGACUGUGCAGAGUCUAGAUCUGGUAGCACCCACAGACCUAAAUGAGACAGCCACAGAGCUUGCUGAUUGGCUGGUUCUGAUAGACCAGAUGCUGAAGUCAAACAUAGUGACUGUAGGGGAUGUAGAUGAAAUCAAAGCCACUACUGGGAGCCUAAAGAGGACCAAGGCUGAUCUGGAGCAGAGGCACCCGCAGCUGGACGAUAUCUUUACAUUAGCUCAGAAUAUCAAGAACAAGACCUCUGAUGUAGAUGUACGGACAUUCAUUACAGAUAAAUUGGAACGGGUACGUAACCAGUGGGACAGCACUCAGCAUGGUGUGGAGACAAGGCUGCAGCAAUUUGAGGAGAUGGUGACUGACAGUAACCAAUGGGAGGAGCAGAGGAGAGAGGUAGAGAUGCUUAUUGGUCAGAGCGAGGUGCGCCAGCACAACCUUCAACAGCUCUCCAAGGAACCCCUGACCAAACAGCUGGCAGAUUAUAAGAUGUUUUUGCAAGACUUGAACAAGGGACAGAUUACAGUGGUAGCCUUCAAUGACAUCUCUGGCAAGCUGCUCCGUGACUAUCCAAAUGACGACACCAGGAGGGUGAAGGAGGCCACUGACAGGAACAAUAUGGCAUGGAACAUGAUAAAUAAUAGGGCUAGCGAUAGACAGAGCUUUCUGGAUUCUGAAAUUAAGAUGCUGCAGACCUCUCUGAAAGAAAUGGAGGUCUUCCUCAAGUGGUUGCAGGAGGCGGAGAUUACUGCGAAUGUGCUAGCUGAUGCCUCACAGAGGGAGAGUCUUACACAGGACAGUGUCCGUGUCAAAGAGCUAAGAAGUCAACUGGAGGACAUUCAGGCAGAGAUUGAUGCUCACAAUGACAUCUUUAAGAGCAUCGAUGGCAACAGACAGAAGAUGGUGAAGGCUCUGGGAAGUUCUGAGGAGGCUGUGUUUCUCCAGCACAGAUUGGAUGAUAUGAACCAGCGCUGGAGCGAGCUGAAGGCAAAGUCUGCUAACAUCAGGGCCCAUUUGGAGGCUAGUGCAGAGAGAUGGAGCAGGCUACUGGCUUCACUGGAAGAUCUGUGCAGGUGGCUGAAUCUCAAAGACGAGGGGCUGAAGAAACAGAUGCCGCUAGGAGGAGAUGUCCUAACUUUGCAACAGCAGCACAGCCACUGCACUGUGCUGCAUUACGAGCUGGAGGAUAAAGAGCAGGCUGUUCUUCAUGCCUUGGACCAGGCUGGAAUGUUCCUGGCAGAUCAGCCCAUUGAGGGUCCUGAAGAGCCCCGACAAAACCUGCAACCCAAAGCAGAGCUCACCCCAGAAGAGAAGGCCCAGCAACUCGCCAAAGCCAUCCGCAAGCAGUCUGUAGAGCUGAAGGAGAAGUGGCAGAGGCUGAACGCCCAUGCUGGCAGCUGGCAGCAGCAGGUGGAUAAGGCGCUGGGCAAGCUGCAGGACCUGCAGGGAGCUAUGGACGAGCUGGAUAUCCACCUGGUUGAGUCAGAGUGUGUCCGUGCUGGCUGGCAGCCAGUUGGAGACCUCCUCAUUGACUCCUUGCAAGAUCACAUUGACAAAACCACUGCAUUCAGAGAAGAAAUUGCCCCAAUGAAACAAGAAGUCAAAAUAGUAAAUGAUUUGUCCAGUCAGCUGUCACCUCUUGAUGUUUCUCUGUCUUCAAACACCUCACGUCAGCUUGAUGACCUGAAUAUGCGUUGGAAACUCUUACAAGUUGCAGUGGAGGAUCGCCUCAAGCUGUUACAGGAAGCCCAUCGGGAUUUCGGACCAUCAUCGCAGCAUUUCCUCUCCACUUCAGUUCAGCUUCCAUGGCAGAGAGAUGUAUCCCAUAACAAAGUUCCCUACUACAUCAACCAUCAGACCCAGACUACCUGUUGGGACCAUCCAAAGAUGACAGAGCUGUUCCAGUCUCUUGCUGAUUUGAACAGUGUGCGUUUCUCUGCCUACCGAACGGCAAUGAAGAUCCGAAGGCUACAGAAAGCACUUUGCUUGGACUUGCUGGACCUUGGUGUGGCGCAGAACAUUUUUGAACAGCACAAAAUUACCCAAAACGACCAACUUCUGAAUGUUCCAGAUGUAAUUAACUGUUUAACAACCCUUUAUGAUGGUCUGGAGCAGAAUCAUAAGGACUUAGUAAAUGUGCCUCUUUGUGUAGACAUGUGUCUAAACUGGCUGCUGAACGUGUAUGAUACUGGUCGCAGUGGGAAGAUCAGGGUGCUCGCUAUGAAGAUUGGACUGCUCUCUCUUUCCAAGGGGCUAUUGGAAGAAAAAUAUAAAUAUCUUUUUAGACAAGUCGCCGGCCCUACAGAAAUGUGUGAUCAGAGGAACUUAGGGCUGCUGCUUCAUGAUGCCAUCCAGAUCCCUCGGCAGCUUGGAGAAGUGGCUGCCUUUGGGGGCAGCAACAUUGAACCCAGCGUCCGCAGCUGCUUCCUUCACACCCCGAACAAGGGAGAGAUUGAGCACAGGCAUUUUGUGGACUGGAUGCGCUUGGAGCCGCAGUCUAUGGUCUGGCUUCCUGUCUUACAUCGUGUUGCUGCAGCAGAGACAGCAAAACACCAGGCAAAGUGCAACAUCUGUAAAGAGUGUCCGAUUGUCGGAUUCAGGUACCGCAGUCUGAAGCACUUCAACUAUGAUGUCUGCCAAAGCUGUUUCUUUUCAGGACGUACAGCCAAGGGCCAUAAAUUAAACAAUCCAAUGGUGGAAUACUGUACACCUACAACCUCCGGGGAAGAUGUACGAGAUUUUACAAAGGUACUGAAAAACAAGUUUCGAUCGAAGAAGUACUUUUCGAAACACCCUCGGCUUGGAUACCUGCCAGUCCAGACAGUGCUGGAGGGUGAUAACUUGGAAACUCCUGUCACGCUCAUCAGUAUGUGUCCGGAGCAGUAUGAACUUGUACAGUCUCCGCAACACUCUUAUGAUGACACUCAUUCCAGGAUAGAGCAUUAUGCAAGCAGGUUGGCACAGAUGGAGAUGUCAAAUGGAUCCCUGCCUACAGACAGCAGCUCCACAACAGGGAGUAUGGAGGACGAGCACAUGUUGAUCCUGCAGUACUGUCGGACGCUGGGUGGAGAGUCACCCCUCAGCCAGCCCCAGAGCCCAGCACAGAUCCUUCAGGAUGUAGAGAAGGAGGAGCGGGGCGAGCUGGAGCGGGUCAUUGCCAGACUCGAGGAGGAGCAGAGGAAUCUGCAGAUAGAAUACGAGCACCUGAAGGAGCAGCACUGUCUGAAAGGCGCAUCUUCCCUGCCCUCCCCCCCAGACUCUGUGGCCUCUGGACAGCCGGGCAGCCCAGCGGAGGCAGAACUCUUAGCCGAGGCCAAACUCCUGCGGCAACACAAGGGCCGGCUUGAAACCAGGAUGCAGAUUCUGGAGGACCACAACAAGCAACUGGAGUCCCAGCUUCACAGGCUGCGUCAGCUGCUCGAGCAGCCUGAAACAGAUUUCCGAAUAAAUGGAGUUUCGUCAUCUGCUCCCCUUCAGCAUUCUUUCAUCAACUACUCAGUGAAUCGGGAUAUUGGAUCACACUUGGAUCAGGCAGAUGACUUCUUAGUCCCUCCACAUAAUUCCGGCACAGCCUUGGCAGAUAUCAUGGAGCAAAUCAAUAACACCUUUCCUGCAUGUAGUCGUUAUGUGAAGUCAUAGCCAUUUAGAAGUGGAACACAAGGCACACCCUCCAGUGGAUGAACCACUUUUAUAAAGACCAUAUAUAUUUGCUAAGAAUGGAGACUGCAUUGAAACUUCUGGCUCACAAGCUGCACGCUUAAGUUUUCUGUCGAAGGAGUGAACUACUGAAGACCCAAAGACAAGGACUAGGACCCCAGCAUUUUAUAUUUUGUCUUUCUUGUACUAUGCAAUUGUAAAUUUAUUAACUGUAGAUUCAGAAUUGGUUAAACAUUUGUUUGUGAUUUGUUUGAAUAUGCAGCAGUUGGGGGAAGCCUUUUUGCUAUACUGUAUGUGUGGUUUAGAUACUGUAUGUUGGGGGUUAAACUAUUACAUUUAUACAUUCGUCAGCGCUUUGCGUUAACACUGUAGAAUGGCUUUCUUUCACUUCUAAUGUUACCUUUUAUGACAAGGUGUGUAUGAAACUGUGUUCUUGAAAACUACAAGGGUUCUGGGUAAAAACAUUUUAAGAGAUUGUGUCAUAUAUACAUAUAAACCCCCUGUAUCCUUGUUAUGUGUAAUCAUGCACAUACAAAAAGAUGGUGUGCUGUAGUGUGUAUUAUUAUGGUAUCUGUUCUGACAAAAAUGCUUGUCUUGUCAAUUUAAUAUACAGUAUGCUUCUUAUGUUCAAGCCCGUAUCCACCCACCCCUCAUUAUAUCGCCCCUCGCUAUAUUGAGGAUUCAGAUAUGUCGCGGUCCUGGAGUUGGCUCCCCAU